GCAUGUUCCACUUAUCGUGCUAUGGUAUUCGGCCAAAAUCAGGGGGGCGCUCCGAGGAGGUAAACAGAGGAUUUUUCUCCGCUUGCGGCGGCUGGCCAAAAAAACGAAAAUACAGCAUCCAUCGUCCCGUCCAUCCAUCCAUUUCGGCCGAACCGUGUAACCCCAUCGAUUCCGGUGGUCAGCCCGCAACGCGUUUCAACCUCGACUCCCUCCCACCCCCUUUUUCGACGCCGGCCCGAGAGUGUGCAUAAAUGUUUCCAUCCUAGUCAUGAGUCCUUCACAUGCAAAAAUAGAAAACAUUUGCAGGCUCUGUUUGUCCGGCGAUGACACUUUGGAAUCUAUUUUUGGUGAUAGUGGAAGCGAUUCGCUUCCGACGAUAAUCUACGACUGCACAUCGAUUAGGAUUCAACGAAAAAUGGGCUUUCCAUCAUCGAUUUGUUGUGCGUGCAAAAUGAAGAUCGAAAGUUUCCAUCAGUUUCGCGAGCAGUGCAAACACAACGAUGAAUACCUUCGAUCAACGCUUGCUCCAGUGGUGGCGCAGUUCGGCUGCGGCGGAGACGACGACGACGAGGGUGAAGACGAAGAGGACGAGGUGAUCAUAAAGAUGGAACCGGAAGUUCUGCUGGAAGAGCGAAGCGAUAUCGAUCCCAAGGAGAUAAAGGCUGAAGACGAUGGCAAUGGGGAUGACGGUGAUCCUAUCGAAUCAUACGGAUCGAGCCGACGUCUUGAUCGUAACGAAAAUCUACUGGAUCUACACGAGCGAUCGAUCGACCGAUGUGAACUGGAUGGAUGGUCGGGAACGAAUGAUCCUGAUCGUGAUUCGAUCGGUAACUCCUCAGAUAGCAUGCACCACGAACUGUACAUGUCGCCCGAGUCACUGGGCUACGAUGGACUGCACAAGUGCGAGUACUGUUCGCAGGAGUUCAGCGUACUGGAGCAGCUAAAGCGGCACAUAACGAGUCAUAAGGAAGAACGGAUCUUUCAGUGUUACUACUGUCCGAAGACAUUUCACUUUGCCAAAAACCUAAACAUGCACGUCGAGUACAUUCACUCGAAGGCCAAGUAUUCACAGCCACUACCAACGACGUUCUCCAGUCGAUCGGCCAAUGGUCAACGGCAACAGUUCUUACUCCACAGCAGUAGCAGCAGUAACAAUGGAACUGUGAGUCCCAGUAGCACGAACGAUGACGAUACACUCAGCCCCAUACCAUUGCUUCUCGAUAAUAUCGACAGUCUGAACAACAACAACACCAUGUCCAGCGGGACGGGAACAGAUUUGAAGCUGAACAUUAACCUGAGCGGAGGUAGUAGCAGCAACGGCAGCGAAGCGAGUGUGCUAGGGCGUACUGUAAAGCCGAUACGGUUACCUACCGCGGUCGGGCACGAGUGUCACGUGUGUCAUAAGAGCUUCCACGAAUCGACUGCCCUACGACAGCAUAUGCUCGUGCAUACGGGCGAAAAACCGUAUAAAUGUGAUAUCUGUUCGAAGUCGUUCUACAACGCUAGCACCCUGAAGACUCACCAGCGCAUUCACAGCGAUCAGAAUCCGUACCGAUGUGCGAUCUGCACGAAGAUGUUCGAUAAUGCGCGCAGUCUAGAGCUGCACCAUCGCACGCACACUGGUGAGAAGCCUUACGCGUGUGAUGUCUGUCUGAAGAAGUUUUCCUGCUCGUCCAAUCUGAAGCGCCACCGGAAGCUGCACGAUCGAGAUUAGUCGUCACACAUGUAUGUAGCAUGUAGCAUAGAUAGGAAAACCAAGAAGAAACUGGUAUACAGGUACACACCAGGGAUGUGUAAAUAGUGCUUCAUGAAACGGAAGUGCCGCUUAGCUAUAAUGUGAAUCUCACCAGUACACUAACCACCACUAAUGCGUACCGCUCGCAGCAAAAGAGGAAGAAUCGAUGUGCAUUUACUGAUAGUCAACUGGUGGUGUAUAUAAUAGCUACGCAAAACGCAACUAACGAAGCCUGUGAACCUUCGUGUUCUUUUCUGGGAGGCAAUUUGUACUCGUCGUUACUGUUUUCUGUUGAUAACACACAUCUACACAUAAACCCAUCAAUUUGUUAAUGUUAAUGUUGUUACACGGUGGUCAUUUUGAUGCACCAAAUACCCCCAAAAGUACUAGUAGGAGGUGACCAAUGAUCUCUUACCCUUGUCCCCCCACGUGAACGUUGUCACGAACGUAAACGAACGAAGAGUUGUACGAUCAUAGUCCGUUCAGCAUACAAUGUAAAUACGGAAGAGAAGAAAAGCAGACUUCUGGCCUGUGUUGCCACAAAAUCGAACGCCAAAACGACUGCAUAGCGCCCUUCAGAGCUGUGCAAGAUCUACGGAGAUACGAGAAGAAGGAGAACUGAUAGGCUGUUAAAGCUGUAACGUAGCUAAACACUGAAUACUGAAAGUCGAACCAAUAACGAGCUUACCUGUUUCGCUAGCUUCGUUGAACAACGUUUAACGUACCCACGAAGUGAUCGUGAUGAAACAAUAUCCUAACAAUAACUAAUCGCGAUAGUUCCUUUCGUUGCCAAAAACAAGGGUGAACCCAAAAGAAAAAGAGAAAACGAAAAAUGCCAGCCCAAUGGUAGCUGCUUGCACGUUAGUCAAUAGCAUUUUGAUGCAUUAUGUCGGUUGUUUUCGUUGUGAUUAUCGUACGCUAAGCUUUACAGAAUUAAUUUUUGCAACAUAUGAGUAAUAGAAUUCUUAGUUUAUUUUACCUUAUGAGAACAGAAACAGAACAGGGCGGACCGUACGAUGUAAUCGACGAAAGGCGGAAACAGAACAACGUUUGUUCCUAGCAGGAAGCCAGGUCCUCCCAAGAUACGUUAAUUAUUGUGAAACGCCUUGGUCUAGUCAAUCCAUGCAAUAUUGAGGAGGAGAAUCACGAAUCGUCUGGCAAACACCCCGUCACCAAACGGUGACAGUACCAGCUAAGUCAUUUACCCCGCCAGCGAGAGUUAUUAUUUUGUAUUUUCUGAACCAUUUUACGUGAAACGUAACGUUUUUUAUCUUUGUUUUUAAUCUCACGCUUUAUCCAUUAACGAACAACACGUCGCUGAGAAGCUGAGGGAGCUAUCUGUAUAAAGCUAGCACUACGAAGGGUAACACUGACUUCAUUAAACGAAGAACACGGAUUGAAACGAG